AUGAUCGAAAAAUCUCCAAUGAAAAAUUACUUUCAAAAUGAACUACCUAAUGAAGUUAUGAUAUAUACCUUUAAAUUUAUCAAAAUUCCCAUAGAUCUAGCUGUAAGUUGUAAGCGAUGGUCUUCAAUAUGUAAAGAUUCUCAAGCGAAGGCAGAAUGGAUUAUUUUUCAAUUUGGAAGAGCCCAUUGCCUUUUUCAUGCUGUUAGAUUAGGCCCUACAUUCAUGUCUGUCGAAGUUGCUCGCGCUAUUAUUUCUAAGGGUGGCAUCCUUUCAAGAUACUUUACACAACGUCUACAUAUUCAUUAUGGUAGCUAUGACCCAAAACUUAUCGAAUUAAAAAUCACUCACAGUUUAGGACAAACCGAUGUAGAAAGAAUAAGAGCUUUGCAACAAAUCACAAUUCCUUGGGCUAGUAAUUUGCCGAUUUUUGUUUAUAUAUUUUUAUUAGAAGAAGCUUCUAAAUUAUUUGACGGCGAUUGGCACUUAAAAGGAAAUGAUAUGGAACUUUUUUGUCGCUUAUCCGGAAGUUCUUAUCCAAUUAACGACGCAUCUACAAUUUUAGAAGGAAAUAUCGAAGAAAUCAAAAACCUAAUAUUACACAUGAAAUUUACACCAUUUCCGCCGCGAAAAUUCGACUUAAAGCUUUAUUCAUCAGAAGGGUAUUUACCAAAAGAUGGAUAUGAAAACGAUGAUUGCCUAAAAAUAAUUUCGAGGGCAAUCUUAAUCCAUAAAGACCUAGUGCAACUAUGGAAAAAAAUCGGUUACCAUGAAAUCUGUGAAGAUAUUAAUGAUUUUGUAAUAAAAGGCGCACUUUUAAUUCUUUUCCCAUCUGCACAACCUUCUAGAUGGAUUAUGCCCGACGUCAACUCUGUUAAGGAGCAACUUACUGAAUUAAUUGAUUUAGGAUUUCAACUAAACUAUAGCAUUAUUUUUGAUAUAUUCCAGUUUUUUGAAAGUCGAUUAGAUGAUAUUGGAAAAUUUUUGAUCGAUUCUCUUACAGAAAUUAAACAAGAACCACAAGAUUGUUUCGUACGCAAAUGUUUGGCUGAAGCACAAAAUCCUGCGAAAUUAAAAAAGAAUUCAAACAUAAUUAAUUUCUUUGCUAAAUAUCUACCUAAUACUUCAGAAAAUAAGGAUUCAUUCAGUCUUUAUUAA